AUAUAUAGGUACCUAAACAAAUACCCCAACCAGCAAAGUAUAGAAAUGAUCCCUCUGUGUCGUCCCCGUUUAUUUCUGAGUUUGGAGUGAAAAAGUCAGACAAAAAUACAAUCCAAUUGAAGAAGUGCGAGACUCCGCGUAUUACCAGUAACAUUGUAAUAUUGUUUCGUGCGAAAUAAAAUAUGGACCACGACAAUAAUCUACCUUUUUGAGAGAAAAAAAAAAUGUAUAAUUUGACAAUCCGGAGCCUACGCCUCGCAUACCGAUAUCGAACGAUCACAACAACACCUAAACUUUCUUUACUGCUAGUGUCGUUGUUGCCUUUCAAUCCAUCACCAAUUCGAACAAGUCAUCGCGCGAUUCAUCUGUCGUCAUUGUCGCUUCGUGGUGCUGCGGAUAAUAAUAAAUACAAUAAAUCAGGAGGUCGUCGCUUUUUCAACAACGAGCACGGGUCUACGAUGAGCAUUGUCGAGGAUUUGACGCAAAUCUGCAUCGAGCUGCGAAGAGUCGUCAGUGCGGCCAAGGACGACCAGGAGAAAGAGGACAUUGUACUUAAACACGUCAGGGCUUACGCGGACACCGGGAUUCAGGUCAACGAUUUUGCCAAAGGAUUGGAGUGGUUCAAUGUUUCUGAAAGCUUGUCUAUUUACAAACACCUGUCUGGUAAAAUUGUACUGCUGGAUUUUUUUACUUAUUGCUGCAUUAAUUGCAUGCACAUCUUACCAGACUUGGAUGCCUUGGAAAAAAAAUAUUCGAUCCAUGAUGGCCUUGUCGUUGUCGGCGUCCACAGCGCAAAGUUUGCUAAUGAACGCGAUUCAAGUAAAAUAUUAUCAGCAGUGCAAAGGUAUAACAUAGGACAUCCUGUUGUUAACGAUGCCAAGCUCUCUAUGUGGCGGGAUAUUGGCAUUGUCUGUUGGCCAAGUUUAGUAAUGUUAGGUCCCAAAGGACAGCCGCUCUUUGUUUUGGUGGGAGAAGGUCAUAGAAAGGAACUAUUUUUAUAUACCAAAGUUGCAUUGAAAUAUUUUAAGUCGCAAAAACAAAUAUCUAGCGAAACUAUUCCUAUCAAACUGGCACAGCAUAUUUUACCAAUGAACAGAGGCAGCUUACUGUUUCCAGGAAAAUUACACGUUUUUAAAUCAGGAUUGGAAGAAAAAUUAGUUGUUUCUGAUUCUGGCAAUAAUCGUAUUUUAGUUAUGGAAAAAAAUGGUAAAGUCGAGUACGUAAUUGGUGGAUAUUCUCCCGGUUUCAAAGAUGGAAGUUUUGAAAAUGCGAGAUUUAAUGCACCUCAAGGUAUCUGUGUACUUAAUGACGAUAUUUUCGUUGCCGAUAAUGAAAAUCACGCGAUCAGAAAAAUAAACUUGAAAGAAAAAGUUGUCACUACUGUCGCUGGAACUGGAGUGCAAGGUCGUGAUUAUACGGGAGGUAAAAUGGGAAAAGAGCAGGAGCUGUCGUCUCCAUGGGACGUUGCCAUUUAUCAUCACGAACAGGAUGGAAAAACAGUUCCAGUUCUUUUGAUAGCCAUUGCGGGCACGCAUCAAAUUUGGGCUUUAUUUUUAGAAGACACCAUAUGGUGGAAAAAAAAACAGCACAAGGCUGGAACUUGCGCUAACAUAGUCGGAAAUGGUAGAGAAGCAAACAGAAAUAAUUCGUAUCCCCAUGCAGCCAGCCUAGCCCAACCUUCUGGGCUUGCAGUAGCUCAAGAGUUGAAAUCCGUCUUUUUUGCUGACAGUGAAAGUAGUACAGUCAGAAGAGUUUGCCUCGACGAUGGAAAAGUCCUGCCUAUUUGUGGAGCUGACAAUAACCCAUCGAAUUUACAUUGUUUUGGCGACGAGGAUGGUAAAAAAUACGCUGCGAAAUUACAGCACCCAUUAGGAGUAGCUUGGAACAGCAAAGACAUGAUGAUUUAUAUAGCAGAUACUUACAAUCACAAAAUAAAAAAGACAGAUAGUGAAGGUAAUUGCAUGACACUCUGUGGUCACGGAAAACCAUCGAAAGCAAGCUCUUUUAGCAUGAAAGGUUUGUUGAAGGCUGUUCAAAAAACAGAGAGGUCUUCUGAAGAGACUGACCUCUUUCAUUUUAAUGAGCCAAGUGGACUGGCCGUGAGUUGUGAUGGAAAAACUUUAUACGUUGCUGAUACGAAUAAUCAUUGCAUUAAAGCCAUUGAUUUGGAUAACGUCGAGAAAAUAUGUUUAGUUCCUGUGGAUCUUCUUGCUGAAGCGUGGAAUAGAGGCGAACACACAUACAAUUUCACAUCCAAAGUCAGUACUAAAGAUUCAGAUAUGUCUCUAUCUUUUACUCCUAUUUUUGAUAGCGAUCUAAAGCUAAAUGCAGAAGCACCUCAGAAGUGGUUCUUAAGAUUACCGUCCGCUGACUGGAAAGCUCUAGAAAAUGGUGAUUUAGCAACUCCACUGUCGAUUAAGAUACCGCACGGUACUGAGCAAAAGCAAUUGCACAUUAUGCUGGACAUAAUGUCGUGUAGAACCACAGAAUGCAUCCCAAAAAAGUUGUCGGUUGUUUAUACUAUUGUUAGAGACGACGAUGCGCCUACAGAUGUGGUUGAGAGAAAAGAAUUAAUUAUAAAUUGAUUGCUUGGCAGAUUACCGCAACGAUACUAAUAUUUUUAAAUAACAAAUACUAAUUUAUUUUGAUGGGCAAAAAAAAAAUUGCCUUAUUUUAUAU